AUUUCUUCUAUUCCUCUUCAAUUACACACCCCAGAAAAAAUGUCGGAUUAUUUGCCCGAAGAAGUAUGGAUAGACAUUUUCACAAGACUCCAAGUGAAAAGCCUUCUUCGAAUCAGGUCAGUUUGCAAGUUUUUCCACCGUAUAAUCAACAACCCAUCUUUCAUUUCAGAUCACAUUACCAGCACAAAGCGCACGCGCAUUCCCCUUGUUAGAUACUUGACAGGAAGAAAAAGGAUAGAGAGAAAAGAACACUACUUGCUUUUACCUGAUGACAUGGACAAUAUGCAAGAACUAGACUUCCCUUUCAAGUCUAAGUCUUUCAAACAUUUCCGUAUAGUGGGCUCGUGCAAUGGGUUGAUUUGUUUAUCUGAUAGUAAAGGAUCUUAUCUUUGUAAAGGGGAUUCUGCUUAUGGCAUUAUUCUGUGGAACCCAUCUAUUAAAAAAUACUUGACUCUGCCUAAACCCCUGAGAUCCCAUGGAGCUUACAGCUUUGUGCUUGGCUUCGGGUUUGAUUGUAAAACUGAUGAUUAUAAGGUGGUGAGGAUUGUAUAUUUUAACGGGAAUAAUAAUCCACCUGAGGUUGAGUUGUACACAGUGAAAUCUGGGUCCUGGAGAAAUUGUAAUGCUGGUGCAGCACCUUAUGGGAUAUGGAAAUGGGGGUCGUCAGCUUAUGUUAAUGGGGCUGUGCACUGGAUUGGAUAUAGUCCGCGAACCGAGGAGGUGAAUCACGGACAAAGUCGAGAUCUGAUUGUUUCUUUUGAUAUAAACAACGAGGUGUUCAAAGAGAUGAAUCUUCCAGAUGAUUUGGAGAAAUGGGGAUUGGAGUUAUCUUUGGGGGUGCUAGGGAAUAAGCUUGCAGCGAUACAGUAUCAUAGCUGGAAGCAACGGAUGUUUUCAGUGUGGGUGAUGGAGGAGUAUGGUAUGGUUGAAUCUUGGAGGGAGAUGUACGAUGUUGAUAUGAUGGGAAAACAUAUGAAGUUUGUGGGUUUUACAAACAAUGGAGACAUAUUAGUGGAAAUAGCCAGUCAUAAGCUGGUCUUGUAUGAUCAUAAUGAUUUGAGGUACAUAAAUGUUGGAGUUCGUGGUGCUAAGGACUCAUUUCACAUGGAAACGUACAUGGAGAGUUUGGUUUUGCUUGACGGAGAGAGUGCCGUUUCACAAUCCAAGGCAAUUACCUGUGAAGGUGAAGCUCGGUGAUUUUAGACAUACUGCUUGAUCAUCAUUUGAGGUUGCAGGCUAACUUUUAACAUGCUAGAACCACCACAUAAAAUUUAAGUAACAUAUUUUGAUUUUAUGCACCAGAUUAUGGGAGAAAUUUAAAUUUGUCUGGCUCUUGUUUUUUUAAAGUAUAUUUUGCGAAACUAAGACUGUAACAGUUGAAAUGUACAUGUUAUCUGCCGAAACUCCUUCAUGCUCUUGGUAUUUGCUAUUAUAAUAUCUAGGAUUUGUUUUGUGAAUGGUUUUUAGUUGUUAAAGCAAUUCCAUUCGUUCAAGUAACUAGAUGUGUUUCCUUGAUGAACAUGCAUUUGUUGAGGAACACAUCCCAUGUUUCUUCUACACUUUCUUCCGCAGGUAUUAGUUGAACAUCUGAAUAAAUUAAAAUGACAUAAUGUCACGAUAGAAGUCACUUUGGUGUGCCUAUAUAUCAAUUCCAAUUACAAAAUAUGGUUUUUACUCCUGAACGAUAUGAGAUACUCAGCUUUGCAUACUACAUAUCUGUGCUGUGUAUUCGCAUCUUUAAAAAAAGAAUGGAGUGUGGCAAGGGCAUAAAUUUCUGGCUACACGUGAUUGAAUUGAAUUUCACCUUUUUAAUCACUAUAUUAUCUACUUCCAAAUCCCACUUAUUGAACACUACUUGCUUUUACCAUAUGACAUGGACAAUAUGCAAGAACUAGAUUUCCCCUUCAAGUCUAAAUCUAACCCCCAUUUCCAAAUAGUGGGUUCAUGCGAUGGCUUGUUUUAUUUAUCUAAUUGUAAAAACUUUAGCACGUCUUGUUUAUGGCAUUGUUCUUUGGAGUCUCCUGAUACCCUGGAAACCGUGAGGAGACAUGGAGACUUUAAAUUAGUUCUUGGUAUCAGUUUUCAUUGCAAAACUAAUGAUUAUAGUAGUUCGGAUUGCAUAUGUAAAUUGGGCGAAAUGCACUGCCUGAGGUUGAGUUAUACAUUGCAAAAUUGGGGUCGUGAAGGAAUUUCAAUGCUGGACCACCACAUCAUGAGAUUUGGGGGUUGUCAUAUGCUUUAGUUGAGCUGGUCUGUGCAUUGGAUUUGAUAUAGUACCAAAAACUGAGAACGUACAAUGUCUGAUUGUUUCGUUUAUGAUAGUAAUGAUGUAUCCAAAGAGUGGAAUCUGUCGGCUGAUUUGGAAGUUGGAACGAUGGUGACCAGAGUUGUCUUUGGCUGUGCUAGGGAAGAAGCUUGCAGGGAUACAGUACCAUAGCUGGAAGCAAUAGAUGUUUUCAGUGUGGGUGAUGGAGGGGUAUGAUAUGGUUGGAUAUUGGAGGGAGAUGUACCCCUGUUGAUUCCGGUGGUAAUAGCUAGAUGUAAGCAGUAAGCUGGUCUUGAAUGAUCCUAAUGAUAUGAGGUAUACAUGCAUAUUUCAGUUCGUACUGCUAAGGACUCAUUUUCACUUGGAAACAUAAAUGGAGAGUUUGGUUUUGCUCGACAGAGAGAGUACCAUUUUGCAAUCCGAGGCUCUUACUUGUGAAGGUGAUGCUUGGGGAUCCUCCUGAAUUGCCUGGACUUACAUCUUAAUCGAGAUUAGAGGUGCCAAGUUUAACUUUUAACAUAUUGGUACCACCAUAUAAAAUUGUUGUAGGUCCUUUUUGAGAUACA